AUGGUGCUUCGUAUCCCUGUCAUCUCUACCAUCGAAGGACUGGGAGCAGCCGUCCGCGCGCGCCUUGCAGCGUCCUCUGCCGUUGUCGCACAACAAGUGGAGAUCGUGGAGGUUCCCGUACCGGCUCAGCAGGCCUGGUCGCUCACUUCCACGCAGCGCCAGACGCUCGAGGACGCCGAGUUUGUGUUGGCCGACGCCACUUUGGGCGCAAAAUUGCUGUUGGAUCGCGCCAAUUUCAUACCCAAGGCAUCCCCCGACCUGUUACAAUCCGUGAAAUGGAUUCAGUCCACCUACGCCGGCGUGGAACCCUUUUUCCAGCAAUUGGCUCGGGCAGAAUGGAAGGCACCCCCAAACUUUACCCUCACCCGCGCUGGUGGCAUCAUGCCCAACGCUAUGGCCCAGUACGUCUUCGGUUGGAUCAUCGCUCUCGAGCGUAAAUUCCUCGAGGUGCAAACGUUCCAGAAGCAACACAAUUACGCUCGAACGGAGCUAAAAUACCGAUCAUUUAGGCCAUUGACCGUCAGUAUCCUCGGACUGGGAGAGAUCGGCCAGGGUAUCGGGCGCUUAAUGAAGACUGCGGGGUUCAACGUUGUUGGAUUCAAGCGGCGAAUUGGCGAAGAGGAUGCUGACAAGUUGCAAGAAAGCGCCGAUCGAGUGUCGAGCGACCUGGACGAUGUUCUGAGCGUGGCCGACUUUGUGGUCAACAUUUUGCCGAGUACCGAUGCAACGAGAGGCUUGCUGAAUGUGGAGAGUCUACAGGUGUGCAAGGAAAAGAAGCCUGUGUUUAUCAAUGUCGGACGUGGGGAUGUGAUUAAAGAGACCGAGUUGGUGACGGCGCUGGAUGAAGGACUGAUCUCCAAGGCGGUGCUGGAUGUCUUUGAGAAGGAGCCGCUGCCCAAGGAAAGUCCGCUGUGGACCCACCCGUCGGUUCUCCUCACUCCACACGUGUCAGCGCUCAGCCUUCCGGAAGAAGUGGCUGAUGUGUUUGUGAAAAAUUUGGAUCUACGCCUGAAGAACCAGCCAAUGCUGUAUUCAGUGGACUGGGCCAAUGGAUACUAA